CAAAGAACACCACUUUACAAGAUCAAUAAGGCAUGACCUCCUCAACGCCUCCCCGUAUUGCUCCCUGACCAUAAUAAUUAUAUAGGGUUGACUGUUCAAUACCUUUCACAGAGCGUUCUGAUCAUUUGGCGGGCGGAGAGACAACAGUCAAUUGCAACGGAAUUAAAUUCACGUGAGUGGAUUUAAAUAUAUCGUUAACUGGUUAUACGUGUUCGUGUCAUAAGUUACAGGUAUAUAAUUGGCCUAUAGUCUGAGCUUUGUGGUGUAAACAAACAUCGACCCAGCCUAGAAAAUCUGGGCCAAAUGGGAUCGUUGGCCUAGGCAUGCAUGGCUUAAGCUAAGCCUUGUGGCAAUAUACCAACAAUACAAUCGUAUUACAAUCACCUCGGCCUGGCCUUAUAUCAACACGGUCAUGAAGGUAAAACUUUACUGUUUAAAUUUUCAGGCAUGCUAAUUACCAAUCUCAACCGAAGGUAUUCUUCAUAAAGAGCUUGUACAAGAAUACAAACUAAUCCACUAAAACAAUAUAAAUGGCAAAAGCGUAGCUAUAUGAUAAAUUGCAUAAAAGGUAUACUGCCUUCAGUAAGAAUCGACUUUACUGUUUACUGCAAUUUUGUUUCAUGCAAAUGGCGAUGGUAUUCAUGUUUGCCACUUUCAGUAUGGCAGACCCACGUGAAAGUUAUAUCGCCAGGUUAUGUCUCUCUUUGAUAUUUAUCCUAGUCACAAGCCUAUCUAUAACUCUGUUAGACACGAAACUAAAAAGUAGGACCAUCGCUCGAAAUUUCGAUGUUUUCGUAAUCUGUCAAAAUAUGGUUACACCCAGCACUUAUUACUAAGUACUGGAGAUUUGCAAAAUAAUGUAGUCAAGUUAUUACGUGUCAAUAAUAUUGCUAUAUUAUCAAAGAUGUCAACGACAAUUUUACGUUGAAUCGAAAGAGAAAGAAGCUUGAUUUUCUCUAUUUCUUUCCUUGUACGUAACCAAAGGGGAAAUUAUGGAUGCACUGAAUCCCUGAUCCCAUGAAAGAUAAUUUUUGGCUACUUUCGUGAAUAAUUUGACAUUUAUGGUUGCACACGAAUGAUUGUAAUGAAUUCUGUCACAUUUUUCCGAUUUCGCAAUUAGCACAACUAACUUCUAUUCGUUAGAGAUAUGAUUUUUUCCUGUGAAACCAAAGUGUUAUUUGCUGUGUUCACUGUUUUCUCCAAUACAUUUCUGUACUAAAAUUUCGCAUUUGACUGAGAAAAAAUAUGAGCGGGAUGGCAGUGCUAGCCAGAGGGUGCGCAGACUGUGCGGCGUCUGUGGUACCAUAGAUAUAGGAGAUCUAGAUUGCUAACGCAUACCUAGCGCAGGCGGGGCCUACAUGAUAAAUCCAAGAUGGCGGUACAAGAGGGCAAAAAGACUAUAGAUUCUAUUACGAAAAUCAAUAUUUUUGCAUUUUUUGCCGUCGCAUUGUUUUGAAACUUAUUCGGUCAAAUUUUAUGGUAAAGAGAAACUUACCGCGAAGAUUUUGAGCAUAUAUAUGAUUGAAUUGGAUGAAAAAUCGCAAAAUUAUCCAGCGAUAAAAGUUCGUGUAUAGUACUGAUAUAGUACUAUAUAUGUAACUUGUACAGUUUUGCUUUAAUUUUUGCUCACUAUUUGCAUAAAAAGCAAAUUAUAACAGAUCAUAGAUGAUAGACCCUCAUCCAGUGCUCUUCUCUAACAAGCAAGGAGGGGGUACAUAACAGUUCAUUUUUUAUAAUUAUGAGGACAGAGCAGAUGAUGAUGAGAGAUGCAAGUAUAAAACACCAUUCACAAGGCUAGAUGUUAACAUAUCACAGUAUUUCUGGCAAUAAAACGCUCCAACUGACCAACUGACCAUUUCACACGAACUUUUAUCGCUGGAUAAUUUUGCGAUUUUUCAUCCAAUUCAAUCAUAUAUAUGCUCAAAAUCUCCGCGGUAAGUUUCUCUUUACCAUAAAAUUUGACCGAAUAAGUUUCAAAACAAUGCGACGGCAAAAAAUGCAAAAAUCUUGAUUUUCGUAAUAGAAUCUAUAGUCUUUUUGCCCUCUUGUACCGCCAUCUUGGAUUUAUCAUGUAGGCCCCGCCUGCGCUAGGUAUGCGUUAGCAAUCUAGAUCUCCUAUAUCUAUGUGUGGUACUUUGUGAGGCUCAAAGUAUAUGAGUAGUAUCUAGCUAUGCUAAUAAGUUCUUUGUAGCCUAGAUACUGUGAGUUUUGUAUAAAAAUAAAGCGUAUUGAUGAACUAAAAGUGUGGUUGAAAAAACAAAAAAAAAGAAGAAAAAAAGCGACUAUACACUGCAACCAGAGAUUCUCCAACUGUAAAAACGACAUAAUGAAUAAACGACCACUUAGAGGACGCCUUUGCUCGGAAGCUUGUGGCUUGAACACAAAAACUACAAGGGGUAGCAAAUUUUCGAGUUAAGCCCUUCGAGUUAAGUCCCGACCACGCCCUUUCGCCCUUUCGAGUUAAGCCGCGACCACGCCCCUAUCACGCCCAUUUCCGUUGAGGGCUUAACUCGAAGUACAUAACCCGAAUUAGGUACUUCGAGUUAAGCCCUCCAGAAAAUAGGGGCUUAACUCGAUCAAAGUCAAACAUUUUGUUCUUCGAGUUAAGCCCAAACGUUAGAAAGAUGUAUACGAGCGAAGCUUUUAAUCUGAUCCCAAACAAAAUAAAUUAUCAUUUGGAUCGCGUUUCGUUUAAUCACAAUUCAAUACGUUUUAUUCAACCGACGUAUUAUAUAUAUUAGGGACUUUAAGAUUGACGUUUACGGCAAACCGCUAACCGCAAACUUCAAAUCGUAAUUUGAAGUCAACUGUUAUAUAGCUGUUCGAAGUUAGAGCAACUUGUGCAUAAACAUUGGACUAUGAAUUAGCUAAGACCUAAAGGAAUAAAGAUUUACCUUUUCUGCCGUAAAGAUUAAUUUUAAAAUAUUAUCAAAUUUUAUACCGGUGUCUCAAAAAACACCGGACUCUGUUUGAUUUCAUCUAACUUAAAAGCUAUAAAAGCUAUUGCGAUGAAAUAAAGAUCUUUGCAUUCAUAAUGGACUAACUUAGAUUUUGAUAUCCGCGCCGCCGUGUAAUAUCCUUUAUAUAUAUAUAAGCUCUAAUACUUGUUAUGUUUGAAAAAUAUUUAUUUCCCACCAUGUGAAUUGUUGACGACGCGUUCCGAUCGUUUCGAAUCUGGCGCAAAUAAAACAUUUAUGUUGAUUAAUUUUAAUUUUCCGUAACUCGUUUACAAACGUUGGGGCUUAACUUGAAGAACAAAAUGUUUGACUUUGCUCGAGUUAAGCCCCUAUUUUCUAGAGGGCUAAACUCGAAGUACCUAACUAACUAACUAAUUAUUUAUAUCUGCAACUGACAGGUACCCAGUCCAUGACUGAGGACUGGAAAAAUAUUGGUGCAUGAUGGGGGUGAUCAAGGCUCAAAUUUAAAAAAUCUGCAGCAUAAUUGGAUUGAUGUUUCGCAUUCUGAAUUAUAAGUUCCAACUGCAUGCAUGACGUCGUAACUUGACGGCGGACUCACAUUGAUUGGUUUCAAGUGGAAAAAAUAUGAAAGAGUUCGAAGGACGAUUACAAAUUACACAAUUAACCAUACUAUUCGUCUGUUGCUUUGCUUCUUUAACUGCUUCUUAACUUCGGGUUCUUAAUUAUUUGGUUCCUAUUCCUUAUACGGACUCUUAUUCCUACUUCCUAGUCAAAAACAUUUUUCUCCUUUUCCUGUAUGAAAAAAAGCUUCUUUAGUCUAUCGCCAGGAAAUAGUUGUUUCUUUAAAUGAAUUUGUUUACUAAUUUGAUUUGUUUCAGAGACAAAACAAAGACGUUAAGAAAUGGCUUACACUGCUUUCCCCGAAAACAAGUUACACUACUAUGGUGAACUGCCUGACACAAGCGGUAAUUCAAACAGAUACGAGCUUUCCAAAAGCAAUGUUCCCGAUACAGCUAAGGAAAUUCUCGUUUAUCUCUGGGCCACAACCAAGGGUGAUGAGGCAUUUCAUCGUUAUUACUAUCGCAUCCAGACUACCGAUGGCACACAGUUGUACAACCAAUACAUGAAUGUUGCUGCUUCCAAAGAUGUUUCUCUCAACUCCGCCAAUUUGUGGCUGCCUGUUUUUAAAGGUCACGGUAGGUGA